CAACCACAAUCUACAGCCUUGGCUAUGGUUGAAAUUUCAAAACAAUCAUAGAAUCUACAGCAACUGGAUCCAUGGGGCCUGUGGAGGCUGGCUGCAUGCUCACCUCUUCGAAGCUGACUUCGUCUUUACUUUGAAUUAUUCGUUGUCGGUGCUUCGUCUCCAGCCUAGUCUUUUGCCGUGUUGUAAUUGAAAUUGCCAUGCAACAAAGGUGACCGGAGGCUCCAUUCGCAAUCGUAUCGACUGUAGGUCUUUUAGUGGUUUGCUGUGGAGAGAUAAGGGAGCGACCAGUUCAAUGGGAGCUAUAAUUUCCUACUUUUUCGGACAGCGACUGAAGGUAGCAGGUAAUGAUUAUCAGGUGGUGAAGCGUAUAGGAGAAGGUGGCUUCUCAUUUGUGUUUCUGGUUCGACAUGGUGGCAAAAAGUAUGCCCUGAAACGCAUGUUGAUUCAAAUUGAUGAGCAGGAAGAGGCUGCACACAACGAGAUUGAGGCGCAUGGACUGGUGGACCAUCCCAACGUCAUGCCUUUGGUGGCCCAUUCCAUUGCUGAGCGGGGCUGCACCAGUCGUAGGGAAGCACUGCUCGUGUUUCCAUUCUUCCCCAACGGCUCGGUGCAGGAUUUGAUUGAGAAGUCGCAGAAAAGCGGCGUUCCGCUGGCCGAGGAGCGUAUUUACAAGAUGUUCCGCAGCACGUGUCUGGGCGUGAGGGCGUUCCACGACCACUCACCGCCGUACGCCCACCGCGACAUCAAGCCGCACAACCUGCUCCUGCAGGCCAACAGAGCGGACACAGUGCUCAUGGAUCUGGGAAGUGUGGCGCAAGGGCGUGUGGACGUGCGCACUCGCCAGCAGGCGCUGACGCUGCAGGAAACGUGUGCGCAGACGUGCACGGCGUCGUACCGCGCGCCGGAGCUGUUCGACGUGCCGUCCGAGUGCAAGAUCGACGAGCGCACCGACGUGUGGUCGCUUGGCUGCGUCCUGUUCGCCAUGGCGUUCGGUGACAGUCCCUUCGACGGCUCCACGCUGUCGGCGCUCAGCGGUAAGGUUACGUUCCCGUCAAGCCACCCCUACUCACAAGACUUCUGCGACCUCAUCACGUGGAUGGCUACCGUCGACCACACAAAGCGUCCGACCGUCGAGCAGAUCCUGUCCCGCAUCCCGGCACAAAGCGGCUCAACCGUCCUAACGAUGCAGGUUUAACCAUCUGUGAGUCACUGUUAAAUUAAUCAAGGCCAGUGUUACCAGUGCCUGGCUUAGGACAUAGUGACAACUCUUUGAAUAGAAUGACAACGAUUUCCCGAAACCAGUUCGGGCGGUGGAGGGGGGUAGUUUGGGUAUUUGUAUACGAUGAUGGCAGGUACAUCGUUGGGUAUUUAUUUUCCGUGUCCACAGGACUAGUUAUACAUGAUGCAAGUAGAUAAUCGAAGCAGUCGUGAGCACAAACUGAUGACUUAGUUCACCAUGCAUGCACACUGUACCUAUGUUCACAAAGUUUCCUGAACCAAACUGUAAUCUGUAUGGUAUCUAUUCAGAAUUCAUCGAACUCUUGACUCUUAAUUUAAAACUUUCUUUUCCGCUCAAACUGAAGCCUGCCAGUGCCACGCUUGGCUGCUACACUUUCUUUACCUUACUUUCCUGUUUGUGGCCUUCAAGUGUUUCUUGAUCCCUUCUGACUUUUCCGGUCCUAGCUCUGAAGGGACAUCUCACAAGCACUGUUAUUCUGCGUUGCACCCGGUGUCCUUGUGUGUGCACAUUUCUCAUCAUACACAGUGAAACCAAGAGUUCAUAACCCCUGAGGUAGUGGUCUUCUAGGA